CUCACCAUAGAUCCAUAGAUCAGCCAGGAGUGACGAGACCAAGUGCUGAGAACCGUCUCAUACCUCAUUGCUGAGUUAUGGACAAAAAAAUGGAUUUGUUCCAACCUCCUUACCCACGCUACUCACCUCAGAAUAAAGAAUCCUUUGCCUACACAACACUUAUCAAACGUUGGCCGUCAAUUUUGACAAACAUCAUCUCGACUCUGAGUAACGAGACUCAUAAAUUACAUUCUUCUCAUGAUGUCAAUUCUGAGGAAAAGUUGGAAGAAGGGAAAAAGAUGAUUGAAAAAUUGGCUUUAUUGAUAUAUGAAAUGGGACAUGGGGGAGAGUUAACCCCCCUUGAAAACGACCAUGAACCUAACAUAUCAUGUUACAAUGACGAACUAUCCUUAUGGUCACCCCUUCAGCGUAAAUGGACCCAUGCCAAUUGGUUAUUCGCAGAAUGUUAUCUUUAUCGUCGGAUCAGACAAGUCUUCUCACUCACUCGACAUUGGAGAUCUUUUGAUCCGUUCUUCUAUCAGAAAGAGGAUACAUAUAGGUCUAGUUUGGGUGCUAUCGUUCAUCUCGCACAAGCAUUAAACUCUAUGGUGGAACGAACAGACUUACAAGUUGGGUAUGGAAGCGCAGGCUCGCCACUGGAGAUGGCCUUUCUAGAAAUGAUACAGUCAGACUUAUGGGGCAACGCAACUGACCUUUCCCUGCUUGUCGAUCUCAAAUACGAAGACUUGAAACAGCUGCAAGCCGUCGGAGCGAAGGCUCAGGCAGAGCAGGCUAAGUUGAUCCUACGUAAUGAUUUGCCGAAAGUAUGGGAGCAUUUGAAGACGUUGAGAGGGGCAAGAGUGGAUGUGGUACUUGAUAACGCCGGCUUUGAACUAUACACCGACUUGAUUCUGGCGGAUUUUCUUGUCUCAUGUACACCCUUCGUCAACGAAGUCGUCUUCCACCCAAAAUCAAUCCCCUGGUUCGUCUCCGACGUCGUGCCAUUCGAUUUCACAUGGGCGAUUGACAUCUUACUCGACGAAUCUUUCUUUUCCACCGCUUCCCCUCCUCCAACUCCUACAGAGCUCGAGUCGCUUGCCGUGCUCGCUACUCGAUGGAAAGGACACUUAGCCAGUGGGGCAUUCAAACUGUCUGUACCACUUGAUACUCCCUUAGGAGGUGACACACCCACAGGAGGGUUUUGGACGACUCAAUAUGCCUAUCAGGAUAUGCCUCUGGUAGCGCCGAAGUUGGUGGAGGAGUUGGGUAAGAGUGGGUUGGUGAUUUUCAAAGGGGAUUUGAAUUAUCGCAAACUCAUAGGUGAUGCAGCAUGGCCACCGACUACUCCAUUCGACACAGCUCUGGGUCCAUUGGCGGGUACGAUGAACCUCGUCAGUUUACGUACCAACAAAGCGGAUACGAUAUGUGGUCUGGAUGAAGGUGUCGCGGAGAAGGUAGAAGCACAAGAUAAAGAUUGGCGAGUGAGCGGAAAAUACGCAGUCAUCUCUUUUUCCCCAAAACGAAUUUCUUAAACAUUACAUCUACGUAUACACCUAUCAAGCCCCAUUUGUGUUAUUCACCUUCUACACGAUGUACAUCAAGAUCUCUACCCGGUACAAGUAGAGUAAAAGUACUAGUCUAGUACUCUUCGAUCGGUUGGAGAGAAGUCUACCAAAAUUAUCGAUAGCAUCACCCAGAUUAGUAGAAUACAUAUGAUCAGUACGACGUAUAGACACGUAGAUGAACAACUUGAGAUAGAUGUGUUCUUACUUAUAAAUGCAUAAAUAGCAUG